GAAUUUCUCCCUGGGAGGGAUGCAGUGCUCAGCAGGCAGCACAGCACGAGGCUGCUCCCUGGACCAGCUUUUCGGAGUGUGCUUUGUGCCCUUUUAUCCCUCUGGCUCGAGCUUGGAGACAUUCUGCUCCUGAGCUGAUACUCGUCGAGUCCAAGCGUCUGUUGAGCGCGACCGGAGGAGGAUGCGGGGAGAGCGUGGGACCGGAGCUGCGCCCUGGCAGCUGCACACUAAUGCUGCCGGUGCGCAGGCAGUCACAGGAGCCGGGGCUAGCCCUCGUGUCUGCGUGCUAGCCAUUUAUCGACAGUAAUUACCCAGGCACUUAAUGCCUGCUUUGGAUGAGAAUUAAUUGCAAACCGGCUAAAUAAUGCAUUAGGGUUUAUAUAGGCUCAUGUGAAGCGCUGCCCCGAGCCAGAUCCGGAGGGAGCAGAGACGCGGCUUUUGAGCGGGGCGCGCCUAUGCGCGGUGCAGCGUCCGAGGCCGGGACCGUCCGCUGAAGCUGGCGUCUGCGGGCAGCCCGAGUGGCAGAAUGCUGAGUCCCAGGAUCAGGCAAGCCAGGAGAGCCCGGUCAAAGAGCUUGGUGAUGGGUGAACAGAUUGGGCCUCCUUCCAGAUCUUCUUCUCCAAACCCUCAAGAACGUGUGCUAAAGUGUGGCUGGCUGAAGAAACAAAGGAGCAUUAUGAAGAACUGGCAGCAGCGGUGGUUUGUGCUGCGUGGGGAUCAGCUCUCCUAUUAUAAGGAUGAAGAGGAAACUAAACCUCAGGGUUUGAUAUUACUGCAAGGCAAUCAGGUGAAUGAGCUGCCACCUAAUCCAGAUGAACCAGGGAAACAUCUCUUUGAAAUUGCCCCAGGUGGUGCAGGGGACAGAGAAAAGAUGCCUGUCAAUCAUGAGGCUUUCCUGCUCAUGGCUAAUUCUCAGAAUGAAAUGGAAGAUUGGGUGAAAGCCAUCCGACGGGUUAUAUGGGCUCCAUUUGGUGGAGGUAUUGAAAAUAGCUCACAUGCACAUAAAUUAAAACAUUUGCCUCAAGGGAUCUUUGGACAGCGAUUGGAGGACACCGUACAGUACGAAAGAAAGUAUGGCCAGCGCCUGGCCCCGCUGCUGGUGGAACAGUGCGUGGAUUUUAUUCGGGAGCGAGGGCUUAGAGAGGAAGGGCUCUUUCGGAUGCCUGGCCAAGCCAACCUUGUCAAAGAUCUACAGGAUUCUUUUGACUGUGGAGAGAAGCCCCUUUUUGACAGCAACACAGAUGUUCACACUGUGGCGUCCCUCCUGAAGCUUUACCUUCGAGAGCUACCAGAGCCUGUCAUCCCCUUUGCCAAAUAUGAAGACUUUCUUUCUUGUGGACAGCUACUCUCAAAAGAUGAGAGAGAGGGUACCCAGGAACUGGUUAAACAGGUGAAGAAUUUGCCUCAGGCCAACUACAACCUCCUCAAAUACAUAUGCAAGUUCCUCGAUGAAGUUCAGGCUCAUUCCAGCAUUAACAAGAUGAGUGUCCAGAACCUGGCUACAGUAUUUGGACCAAACAUACUACGGCCCAGAAUGGAAGAUCCAGUGACCAUGAUGGAAGGCACCUCAUUAGUUCAGCACCUGAUGACAGUGUUAAUAAGCGAGCAGGGGAGAAUCUUCGCUGCUCCUCAGGCCGAUGUGCCAGGGAGCCAGCUGGAAGUCAGACCCGUGCGUCAGCGCAGUACUGUGGAGUGGAUCUCUGAGGAGGAUGGGGACGACAGCAGGUCGGAGAACAGCGUCCCCAGCCCUGCUGAUUUGCCGUCUAUCAACGCUGCAGCGCCAGAGGCCACCCCUGAGCCCGUGGUGAAAAACGCUCCUGCAGAGCACGGUGGCAAACUGCCUCAGCCUGCCACCAGCCCAAACAAAAGAAUGCAGACACUGCCUCCUUGGAAAUACUCCCUGCGCCAGCAGGGAGCACGAUCUGUGAGUCCGAAGCUGGGCAGCUCAUCCUUAGACAUCCCCAACCUCUCCUCCAGUGGAAACUGGCUGAUGAAUGGACUGUACUCCCUCCGAGGCCAUCGCCGGACAGCCUCCGGGGAGCGAGUUAAAGACUCGUGUUCUUCCCAGAGACUCUCUACUUAUGACAAUGUCCCUUCCUCCAGCCUCUCCCUUAGCACACAGAGCAUGGCCACCACAUGGUCUACAUCAUCAUGUGAAAUCUCCGUGAUGGACUCGGUCAGCAGCUGCCCAGCCUGCCGGGCCAGUGACUCUUCUGCUUUAAGCUCUCUCAAAACUGAGUGGGUAACUCAGGGCUCACUGUCUCAGAGUGAGGUCAAGACUGCAGAUCUGGAGAACAGCAUUGACAGAUUUGAUGUAUGCAGUAGCAGCAGCAGCGAACAAAGCAACACAGCUGCAGCUUCCAGAGACUCCAUCAAAUGCUCUAGAGCCUUGCAGAGUCUGGUGGUGGAGCUACAGACAGAACUGAGCAAACAGAGGACUGAGUAUGAGACUAACAUUAAAAGAAUUGAAGAAACAAGUGCAGACCUGAGGAAGCAUGUGGCUAGGCUAGAAGAAGAACUGGACCAAGAACGCAAGAAGUACACCAUGCUGGAGAUAAAGCUGCGGAAUUCUGAGCGCGCUCGUGAAGAUGCCGAGAAAAGAAAUCACCUCCUGCAGAAGGAAAUGGAAGACUUUUUUUCAACAUUAGGAUGUUUAACUGUUGGGAGUCAAAGUGCUAAAGUUCCCAACUAGAACAAGCUGAUGUACAGCACAGAAAAAUCCUAUUUCUGGCAAACCCAGUGAGAACUGACAUUUUGUGCUGGUAUACUCAUGUAUCAUGAGUAAUUCUACAGUCAUUGUGCUCCCAGUGAUACCUGCUCUGUUGUCUUUACAUGUGCUGUAGUAUUUGGGCCAACUAGGAGACACUGCUAAGCAUAAUGUUUGAAAGUUUAGAUGUCAGAUUGUCAAGAAAGAGGAGGAAGCCUUUUUAUUCACAAACCAAAAGAUACUGUUCUCCACAGCUGUACUGCUGCUGUCUUCAGACUUACUGCACCAUCCUUUUGCUAGCUCAAGGACAAUGGAAAGUCCUGCAAGGUGGGAAAGAUGGCCAGAGCCAAUGGACAGGCUGAGCUUGGAGCUGAGGAUCUCCUACACAUCACAUGCACUUGGGAGGAUGGCAGUUCCAGUACAUCACCCAUGUGGUUGAGCAUGGGUUUAAUGAGGUGAUUUUUUUCCCCUGUUCCCUAUAUAAAUUUUGUUCAAAGUUCUCAUUCCUUAAAGUGGUAUUAUUUUAUGAAGAUAAUGUGAAAAUGAAGUCCAGAAAUGAGCUGAACAUAACAAAAUCUUGACAAUUCACUAAAAUUGUCCCUUAGCCACUCAACAGUUCCAGUGUGUUUCACAAAAAAUGCAACUUAUUAAACUGUAUGUGAUUAAUAA